GAAAUAUAUGGCCAGGCCGGUGAUAUUAGUCACCCUUUCUCUCUCUUCAUCGUAGAAGAAACUCCUCUCUCUCUCUCUCUCUCUCUAAACCCCUACGAAAUAAAAUUGUUCCCCGUACAAAUCUCUCCUUCCCACGCAGAACUCUCUGAAAAAAAUGGCUUUGCAGAAUCAAACGACGACGAUCGCAAUGCUCAUAUUCUUCGCAUCAUUAUCUCCCAACACAGCGGACGAAAAUUCCCAAUCCUCCCCGGCGGCGUCGUUUUACGACGUCCUCAGCUCCAACGGUCUGCCAAUUGGCCUCUUCCCCAAGGGCAUCUCCGAUUUCUCAAUCGACCCUACCUCCGGCGCCUUCCGCCUCCGCUUGCUCUCCUCUCCUUCCCCCUGCGACGCCAACUUCGAGACGCGCGUGAGGUACGAGCGCGACAUCUCCGGCAGCGUGAAUUACGGGAGGAUCGCUAAUUUGUCGGGGGUUUCCACCCAGGAGCUGUUUCUGUGGCUCCCCGUGAAAGGCGUGCAGGUCGAUAUUCCGAGCUCCGGUUUGAUUUACUUCGACGUCGGCGUGGUUUCGAAGCAGUUUUCGCUGUCCUAUUUCGAGACGCCCAAGGAAUGCAACGCCGUGGAGGAUGCCGAUGGUGAUGCUGGUGGCGGAAACGACGUCGUUUUGCUUGAUGAUGGCCGUGUUCGGAUUGCUGAGAGUCAAUCGGGAGAAUUUGUGAGGACACGUUUUACGAACCAAGAACCGAGAGCUGUUUCGUGAGUAUCAAACAAAAUAAUCUGAUACAUUUGAUUGCCGGCCCUUCCCUCAUAUAUAUCGGGGCAAAUGUUGUAAUUGUGUAAACGAC